CACCCCCAAAACUGGGAACAUCCAUUCAUCUCUCCGAACUCCUCUUCUUACCCCUCAACCCCAAAAAAAACGCGAGACCAUAGAUGGAAUCUCGCCGGCGGCCGCCGGGGAAGAGGAUUCCCCCUCCACGCCUCCUCCUUUUCCUCCUCCUCCUCCCCACCUUGACCGCCGUGGAGGUCCUCUCCAAAUCCAAGCUCGAGAGCUGCGUCAGGGCCUCCGAAUCCGACCAGCUCCAGUGCCACAAGAAGGUCGUCAUCAACCUCGCAGUUCCCAGUGGAUCUAGUGGAGGGGAGGCGUCCAUUGUUGCGGAACUAGUGGAGGUGGAGGGGAAUGACACGCAGAAGAUGCAGGCGAUACGAGCACCCCCCGUUAUCACGAUCAACAAGUCUGCGGCGUAUUCACUCUAUGAAUUAACGUACAUAAGGGAUGUUGCUUACAAACCUGAGGAGCUUUAUGUCCAAACACGUAAAUGCGAACCAGAUGCUAGUGCAAAAGUUGUUAAAAUUUGUGAAAGGUUGCGGGAUCAAAAUGGACAUGUUAUUGAGCAUACGCAGCCAACUUGUUGUCCAUGUGGGCCUCAACGACGUGUUCCUUCUUCUUGCGGGAACAUCUUUGAUAAAUUGAUGAAAGGGAAAGCCAAUACCGCUCAUUGUCUCAGAUUUCCAGGUGAUUGGUUCCAUGUUUUUGGUCUUGGAAGGAGAUCUCUUGGCUUCAGCGUGCGAAUUGAAGUGAAAAAAGGAUCUUCUAUAUCGGAGGUCAUUGUUGGUCCUGAAAAUAGAACGGUAUUAUCUAAUGACCACUUUUUAAGAGUAAAUCUUAUCGGUGAUUUUGCUGGCUAUACAAGUGUUCCAUCAUUUGAGGACUUCUAUCUUGUAACCCCACGACUGGGGGCUGCAGGUCAACCAGAAAAUCUUGGAAGGAACUUCUCAAAGUGGAUGCUAUUGGAGAGAGUGCGAUUCACAUUAGAUGGUCUUGAAUGCAAUAAAAUUGGUGUUGGCUAUGAAGCAUAUAGAAGCCAGCCAAACUUCUGCUCAUCACCACUAUGGAGUUGUUUGCAUAAUCAAUUAUGGAAUUUUUGGGAAGCUGACCAAAAUCGGAUAAGUAGGAAUCAACCACCACAAUAUGUUGUUGAGCGAAGGUUCGAAAGAAUCAACCAACAUCCAAAUGCAGGAUCUCAUUCAUUUUCUGUCGGAAUCACUGAAGUCCUUAACACUAAUUUACUUAUAGAACUGAAUGCUGAUGAUAUAGAAUAUGUUUAUCAAAGGAGUCCUGGCAAGAUCUUAAACAUCAAUAUACCUACAUUUGAAGCACUAACUCAAUUUGGUAUUGCUACAAUAACAGCUAAGAACAUUGGCAAACUGGAAGCAUCAUAUAGCUUAACGUUUGAUUGCCAUCCUGGUGUCAGUUAUAUGGAGGAACAAUUCUUUAUAAUGAAACCUGAUGAAGUUGUUACUCGCUCAUUUUACAUAUAUCCAAAUACAGAUCAAGCUUCAAAGUAUCAUUGUGCAGCUAUUCUCAAGGCUUCAGAUUUUGCUGAAGUUGAUCGAGCAGAGUGCCAAUUCACCACUACAGCUACCAUUCUUGAAAAUGGAUCACAGAUUGUUCCAGCUAAUGAAUCAAAGGAACAUGGUAUAAAAGGAUUUUUUGAAUCUAUCAAGAACAUGUGGAAUUCAAUAUGGGUUGGUUUGGUCGAUUUCUUUACUGGUAAAACAUGCAGAAGUAAAUGCUCGAAUUUCUUUGAUUUCAAUUGCCACAUAAAAUAUAUAUGUGUGGGUUGGAUAUUAAUGUUUGGGCUACUUCUAGCAAUUUUUCCAACAGUUGUUAUGCUUCUGUGGCUGUUACAUCAGAAAGGAUUUUUUGAUCCACUUUAUGAUUGGUGGGAUGAUCGAUUUGGAGAUGGAAAUCAAAGAAACAGAUUUUAUUCAAUGCAUGGAAAACAUACCAACCAGUCUCGCAUUCGAUACCAUGAAGAUAAUGGCCACCGUGUGCAUCACAAAGACAGGCUACAUCCUUCCUAUGUGCAAAAGAAGCAAAAUAGUAGGCAUACUCACCAUUUGCUUCACAAGCAACCUGAGUGGGCAGUGAGUGAUCAUUACCAUCUCAAACAUGAUACUCAGCUACGUGCUCAUAAACAGAGGCACAAGCAUAAGCAUAAUAAGGACGUAUUAAAUUCUCGGCAAAGCUACAACUUGAGUUGGAAUGGGGCACCAUCAAGAGAGAUGGGUGCUACGAGAGAUGAAGGAACAAAAUAUAAUGAAGAGAAACUAGUGAGGCAAAAACAUGUUCAUGGUAGGGUUCAUGGAGAACAUCUUCGUUCAAAAAAAUAUGGGGAAGAUAGUUGGAACCUAAUGUGAUACUGUGU